AUGGCAGAACAUGAACAUGAAUUUGAGGGCCAUGAGGAAGAAUUAGAAGCUCCAAAAGAUUCUUUGUGGAGAGAUGAACAUGAAAUGGAGAAAUCUGCAAACAUCGUUUAUUUUUUAACCUUGGGUAUUGUUUCAGGGUUAAUAUUGAGAGAGAUCAAUAAAAAGACAAAAUUUCCAUAUUCUCCAAUGAUUUUAUCAUUAGGAAUUUUAUUGGGAUUACUUUAAAAGAGUUUGGGUUACGUUGGAGAAAGUGCAAGUAUCUUGUCAAAAAUGCAUCCUCACUUAAUAGUGUUUGUCUUUGUUCCUGUUUUAUUAUUUGAGUCAGCAUUUAAUUGUGAUUGGUAUACUUUCAAAUAUCAGAUGGUUAAUAUUCUGCUGUUAGCCGGUCCUGGUUGCGGUUGGGGUGCAAUUCUUUUAGGAGCUAUAUUUAAGUUGGUUUUACGAUAUGAUGAUAAUGAUAUGACGUGGUAUUAAGCAUUUACGCUUGGUUCUGUAUUAUCAGCUACAGAUCCUGUGGCAGUGGUUGCUUUACUUAAGGAGUUAGGAGCAAGUCUGGCAUUUAAUCAUUUGAUAGAGGGAGAAGCUUUAUUGAAUGAUGGUGUAGCAAUGGUAUUUUUUAUAUUUUUUAACAAAUUUUCAAAAGCAGCAAGCGGGAAAGGGGAAGCUGUGACUGCUGGCUAAGUCGUACUCAAUUUUGUAAGGAAUUCAUUAGUAGGACCAGGCUUAGGAUUAGUAUUAGGAAUAUUAGCUGCUUUAUGGACAAAGAGAAUUUUAGGUGAUGAUAUAGAAGUAACUUGGUUAACUUUUGUAUUUACAUAUUUAACAUUUUAUUGGGCAGAAUUUUGCUUUUUUAAAACUAGUGGUUUACUAGCAGUGGUAGGUUUGGGUUUAUUUUGGAGUGCUUUUGGAAAAACUAGAAUAAGAUCAUCAGUUGAACAUUCUGUACACACUGUAUGGGGAUUUGUCUAAUAUUCUUGUGAUACUUUAAUUUUCUUAUUAGUUGGAAUUAUUGUUGGUACUCAAGUUAUUGAAGAAACAUUUAUUCAUAAAUCUGAUUAUAUUAGAAUGAUAGUGUUCUACUUUUUUAUGAUUUUGGCUAGAUUUAUAAUGAUAUUGACAUUCUGGCCAUUUUUAAGAUGUUUUGGAUAUCCUAUAUCAAAGUCUGAAUUUAUAGUUCUUGUAUAUGGUGGUUUGAGAGGUGCCUUAGGUUUAACAUUGUCUUUAAUGGUUGGAUGCGAUGAAGAAUUGCCAGCUAGAUUUAGACAUUUGUCUGUCUUUUAUGGAGCAGGGAUGGCUGCAAUUACAAAUCUAAUUAAUGGUACUACUUGCAAGGCCUUGGUUCAAUAUUUAGAGAUGAUUGAAAAUCCAGUUGUUAAGAAAAAAGUGUAUAAAAAAUAUUUGGAAGAAUUGAUAGUAAAUUCCUAAGAUAAAAUGAGAGAGUUAGAGUCAGAUUAAUUUUAUAGUAUGGCUGAUUGGAAUUAAGUGAAUUAAUUAAUUGGCUAACCUAAAUUCAUAGAAAAAAUAGAGAAAUUAGAAACUGAAAUAAAAUACAUGAUAGGCAGCAAUAAGGUAUAAGCCAGUUCAAAUAACUUAUAUGAAGGACUAACAGAUCAAGAAAUCUUUGGAGAAGUGAGAUACAGAAUCUAUCGUAUUAUGAAGGGUCUGUAUUAUGACAAAUUUGAGUAUGGAUUAUGUGAAGAAGACACAGUUCGUUUAUUGGUUGAAUCAAGUGAUAUAGGUUUGGAUCACACAAAGGCAAUUUUAAAUAUUUGGGAUUAACUAUAUAAGAAUUUCUUAAAUUUUAGCAGUGUGAAUUUCUUCUUUAAAGUUAAGGAAAUGCCAUUAAUUGGACCAUUUGCUAGAGAUUAUAUGAUUAAACAUUUAGGAUUUGUCUAUGAUGUGACUACAACAUUCUUAUCUUGUGCAAGUGAAGCAUUUCAUUUAACUGGAAGUUUCCCUAUGAGUAAAGAUGCAGUUAGAGUUGUUAUGGAAGAACUUAACAGAGAAAUAGAAAAAGCCGAAGGAUACUUGGGUAUUUUAAAUGAUACCUUUCCAGAGAUUGUUAGAGCAAUCUAAACUAAAAGAGCUUCACAUUCUAUUUUAACACAUUAAAGACAUUAUCUCGAUGAUACACAAUAGAAUGGAUUAGUAGAUGAAAAGGAAUAUUAAUUACUUAAAAAGGAAAUCAACACUAGAUUGGUUGAUUUGGAAAAUCAUUAAUUUGAGAUGGUAUUACCAUCAUUCCAUGUCUUAGCUAUGGAAUUUCCUAUUUUUUCAGGUCUUGUUUCUACAGACUUAGAUAAUAUAAUAAAGAGUGCUUAUGAAAAGAAAUUUGGACCAGAUGAAAUUAUAUAUGAAUAAGGAAUGACAUGUUAGAAUAUCUAUAUUGUGAGCAAAGGUAAUGUAGUGGAUGAAUUUCAAGGAGGUUCAAUAAAGAAGGGUUUAGGAUCAUUAAUAACAUAUACUAAUCUUAUAGGUGAUGGAACUUGCAUGAGUACUGCUAAGACAACAGCUGACUCUCUGCUUUAUUCAUUAAAUCUCAAAAUUCUUAAGGAUUUGAUGAUUAAGAAUCCAGAUUUCGAAUUUAAGAUAUAUAUUAAUUCUAUUGAAUAUUUAAGAAAGAUGUAUGAAAAUUAAUCUGGACCUCUUGCAAAUUUAGAAAUAAAGAGGUUAUUAGAUUUCUUUAGAACAAAAAGUAAAUUAAAAAAAUUUACAGCAAACUAAAAAUGUGAUUUUAUUUUUGGUGGUUAUUUAUUUAGAGGAGAAUUAAAGGACAUCAAUAAUAAAGUAUAUUCUCAAUAUAAUUAUAUACCUCCCCAAGAUACUGAGUGUUUAGUAACCAAAGAUUGUCAGUGUUUGAUUUUCGAAGAUUCGGUAGAGUCAUUCAAUAAUUAAAUGCUUAAACAACUUGAUUUAGAUCCUCAUAAAGACUAAUAGAUUUAAGAAAGAUAUUCAUAGAUUAAGCGUACUUCUAUGAUGGAUAAAAGUAAACAUCAUUGA